CAGUCAGAUAUUGAUGUGCUUACGCUAACGGCUGCUGUAACGCUUGCUUCUUGUCUUGUGUGUGCUUCGUGCGUUGUGCGAACUGAAAAUUUGGAUUAUUAAAUAUUAACGGUGGAGUGCAAGCAUUGAGCGCGUCAAUGGCUUAAAAUUUGAUAGCGUGUUAACAUAGCGCGUAACACUAUGUUGCGUCUACUUCAGAUCUAUGCUAGCCAGAGUUCAUAGCAGCACUGUUUUAAAGUUACCCCCCAAAAACGUGUUCACACCCCGCCCAACAAUUGCAUCCUUCCAUAUAAUAACAACAACAGCAACACAACGACACAGCUACUACAACAACGAUUGCAUGCGCCUCUUUCAGUUGUUUUAAAUUGCAUCGCAUUGAGCAAAAUUCGAAAGCCACGUUGUGCCCCUUCUCAUGCUCCCAAACUUGCUGCCGCUGCCGUUGCCGCCUUUGUAGAAACCCCUUGAAAUCGUUAUUAUCACUAGCGAGGAAUGGACACUGCUGCCGCCGCCGCUGCCGCCGUUGUGGUUGACCUGAGAGCUGAGACCGAACUCAGCAAAUCGAGUGCCAGCAAAUUGCUCAACAAGCCGAAGCCAAAACCGUCUGCCGCCAGCUACGGAGCAGGAGUAGGAGUUGGAGUGGGAGUUGGAAUAGCUAGCAGCCUCAGUUCGGAUCUGGACAUUUCCAAUUGCCUGGGUAGCACUGUGGAAUCCAUGUCCGCCACUCCGCCCACGACGCCGGCUCGUUGUCGCAACGAGUCUGGAGACACAACGGGCAAUAUCGAGGCACUUGCUCACGGCAUAGCCAUGAAUGGGAUCAAGGAGGCAGUCGGCGAGCGAGAAAAAGAGAGUUGUCAUCAGGAAAGUUCACCAUUAAAUUCCACAACAUCAACGUCUUCCACGAACGCUUCCACAACAACGCCAACGUCUGCCUUGCUUACAGCACCAACAACAGCAACACCAACACUAACAUCAACACCGACAGCAACAGGAACAUCAACAUCAACAGCAACAGCACUAGCAAUAACAUCAACAAUAGCAACAGCAACACAAAACACAACUGCAACAGUAGCUGCAACAGCAACGAUGUUGACGACAAGCUCGAGCAGCAAGACAACAUCGAUUGCCAGGCAAGACAACAUCGAUCAGCUGCAGCUGCUGCAUUGGCAGGACAUGCCAAAGUAUUUGCAGUUCAAUCCGUACGUUCUCAAGGGAUAUCGGCCACUGCAGACCUUCAAGGGAUGCCUGCUUAGUCUCUUCUACUGGCACAACGAGACCAUCAACAUACUGACACAUGCCAUACCCAUAUUUUACAUAUUGGCUAUUGUUCCGGGACUUAUGCCAUGGGACAGUGGCUACAAGUUCCUCUCGUUCUGCCAUGUAUUUGGCUCUGUGGCACCCUGGUGCGGCAGCUUCGUCUAUCAUCUGUUCAUGAACAUUGAGAAAGGAGAGAACGUGUAUUAUACGUUGCUAAAGCUGGACAUGGUCGGCAUCUGGGUGAGCCAGAGUUUCGGUGCCUUGCCCCUGGUUACGGCCACAACGUUGUGCUUCAAUCCAUUUCUCAAGUGGCUGAUAAUCGUCUCGUACUGUCUGCUCUCGCUCUGGGGCCUCUACAAGGCUUUGACAGCCAGCUCGCCGUGGCAGAGACGUCUGUGCUUUGCGCUCCCCUUCGCGAUGCGUUCGGUGCUGACCUUUUUGCGUAUCCGAGGAAUGGUGGGCGGCAGUCAUAUGGCCCUUUCCCAUGUCUAUCUGCAGGAUGGCGUCUCGAUAUUAGGCGGCGCCAUUGGCGCAAUGCGCAUACCCGAAAAGUGGUUCCCAGGCCUGGUUGACUUCUACUUGAACUCCCACAACAUAAUGCAUGUGCUGGUCGUGGUGGCCGUCUACUCCAUGCAUAAAGCAACUAUUAAGGACUUCGAGUGGAUGUCCACUCAGACAUGCAACUCGCUGGCCAAUGCCACGGAGGAGUCGCUGGUGCAUUUGGAACUAUGACCCGCUUACUGGUUGCUUCUAAUACUGCUGCUAUCAUUACUGCUGUUGCUGAAGCCUCAACCAGAAAGCUCUGCAACAAAUCGGAAAACUCACGCGGCUAAUUCGAUGCAAACCAAGUCAAAUUCAAAUUCAAACUCAAACUCUAAAUCGAAGAUAAAAGCAAUCUGAAAACCAGUCUCAAAUGCAAAAGAUAAAGAUAGUAAACAAGAAAUGCUACUCGAAUAUACCGUGUAUAAAAAUGAGCGCGUGCUGUAACAGUAACAAUAAGUAUAAGUAUACAUAUAUUAGAGUGUAGCAACAACAAAUAGAAAAACAUUCAUACAUAUGUACAUAAUAUACAUACACGUAUAUGUAUAAUUAGUACAUACUUCGACUGUGGUAUUUAGCAUUAAGUUAAUACGAAGAAAGCAUUCAAAUGAAUUACGCGCACUUAAGUACAGUGCUCUUUCGGUAUAAAGUUCUACGAAAUGGAGUAUAUGCGAUUUCCAUGCAACAUGCAACAAAAUCUGAGUACUAUAUAUGUAUAUGUAUGUAUAAACGAUAAUUUGAAUGAUGUUGAUACUUAUGUACCUCAUUAUGCUUACAACAAGAAAAGUUCUAAUUUUCAAAUAUAACUUUGUACCUCGUCGACUAUAAAAAAACGAAAAGAAAUUAAGCAAUAAGAGAUCUUACAUUUAAUCUUACAAUUCUUCCUAGUUGAACUGUUAAGAUAUGUUAUUUGUUUACUUUCGCAAGCUUAGUAAGUAAUAGAGAAUAAUUUGUGGGAGAACAGAAAAUAUGAAACAAAAAAACAACUACUGAAAACUCAACCACUAAUGUGUGUGUUUUGUACCAUUAGUUAGAUUGUAACAUUUGGACAAGUGUGAACAAAGAUCUUCAAGCUAUAUCGUUGCUGAUUCGAAUUAUUGAAACUUCCUAGGACUAAAUUUUACCAUAUUAUCUAGCAAACUAUUAAACGAAAUUCUCCACAAAUUAUAUUUGAUCAAUUUCUCUCUAGGUUUUAAGGAGCAAAUGCUACUACAUACAUACAUGAAGAAAUUGCAAUACGGCAAAGUAUUUUAAUUCAACAGAACGGAACAAUUACAAAAUAAUUAGUUAUUAGUAGUUUCAAUAAUUUACACCAUGCCUAUGGAGAAGAGAAAGCAUAUGAAAUAAUAAUAUUAAUCAAUGAAACCAAAGCUAACAGAAUUACACAAACAAGAGCAAUAAAUUAUGUAUAAUAGAUGCUUGUAACAAGUUGUAACUAUAUUGUAAGAAGCAAUUAGAGAAAUAGUGUUAUAUACUUGUAUGAUUUUCAGAGAAAGUUAAUAAACAUUAAACACAUUUGA